GCGUCUUGAAGCUUGAAAGCAUCAACUUGAACGCCGCACGCGUCUCGGCUGUUCAGCGCGACCCUCAUGUCCGUCUAUCGAGAACCUCUGAAUCCAUGAUUUCCUGUGGUGGAUCCCCCAAACUCCUCUGACAAGAAGAUCAGGACGAACGCCACGCUGUGCCGGGGAAAGUCACCACUACAUAAGGGUUGAACGUGGUAUCUGCUCGACGCAGUCGCAGCGAGCCAUGUCGAGCGCGAUGACGAUCCGUCCGGACGUCAUGGAGCCUGUUUCCCAGGAAGACGAUAGCAACUUUCGAAUGAGUCUCCAAAUCACCAUGGAAAAGCUAGUUGGCGAUGCCGUAGGCAAUAUGAGCAUCAGUCCUAGCAGUCGGGAUGUAGUCCUUGCGACACGAAAUGGCCUCUUCAUCAUCGACUUGGAAGCGCCUCUAAACGUACCUCGCUUUCUUCCCCAAGGAGGUACUUGGGAUGUCGCCGACGUGCAAUGGAAUCCGCACCUCUCUCGCAGCGAAUACAUUGUGUCAACCUCAAGCGAGAAGCUCCUCAUAUGGAACCUCUAUAUGACCGGGAAGACGUCUAUUGAGCAUGUUCUACGCUCGCAUUACCGUGCUAUCACCGAUAUCAACUGGCACAACACAGAGCCCGACGUAGUAGUGAGCACAGGGAUCGACUCAUGGCUAUGGGCUUGGGACCUCCGUGCGGCACAAAAGCCAGUGAUGGGUCUAUGCGCCUUUGGUUCUGGUGGUACACAGGUGAAGUGGAACCGCCAAGAUAGUAAUCUUUUGGCUUCUUCUCAUCAAAAUGAGGUUUUGCUAUGGGAUCGGCGGAAAGGUUCUCUCCCCGUGUCUCGUAUCAGGGCACACACCGCAAAGAUCUAUGGUAUUGACUGGGUGCACGGCCGGAGCAACGAGAUAUUGACCUGUUCAUUGGACAAGUCAAUCAAGCUCUGGGACACGCAGGAUGUGCAACAGGAUGGCGGACAUGUCCCAAAGCUCAACAUUCAUACUGCUUAUCCCGUUUGGAGAGCCCGUGAUCUGCCCUUCGGUCGAGGCCUUCUGAGUUUGCCGCAGAGAAGUGAGACCGCUCUGGAGAUGUAUGCGUACGACGAUCCGCAUAUACCGGUAGAUGUCUUCCAAGGCCACGCAGACGUCGUUAAGGAGUUCGUUUGGCGAAGGGGUGGACAGGACUGUUCCGAUUUCCAGCUGAUCACUUGGUCUAAGGACAAGACUCUCCGGUUUUGGCCCAUUGACGCAGAGUCAAUGCACAAAGCAGGACUAUCUACACCUACGCAGCCUCAUCGCCAUGAAGCGCCCCGCCGCGAAACGAAGGUGUCAUUUAGCAAUCCGCCUGUCGGCAACGACUUGCCUCCCAAACUCUCUGCGCCCGUUGGUCAUCGAGGUAUACUUGCUGAAGUCCGAGCGCCGGUUCCCAUUCGACCCUCUCAUGCGAACAAUCCGAAACUACCACUGGAGCGGGAAUUGGCUGCGCCACAACAAGAGAACAAUGAUAGCAGCUCGUCGCGCGGGCCUUCGAAACCUAUCCCCAUCGCACAAGAGAGAGGAACAAUGACCCGAGGUCAUCUCGCUGGUCGGUCUGCUCCUAUCACCCCUUACGGUUGGAUUUCAAGCAUCGAAUUUGGGACAAAGAGGGAAGGGAGCUCAGGCCCGAACAACGGGACCGAGAGCGGAAAUGUUUCCCGCGUGAACUCGGCGUCGAGACCGCCAUCGGUUGCAAAUCGGUCAAUGUCUCUUGCCAUGUCGAACAAACAACGCAACGGCGAGCGUAGAGGCAGUCAAGAGGAUGACCAUCGAGAAGGGGAACCAGGCCAUUCUUUACACGACGAGAUCACAAGCGUCAUCAACAAACUGAGUACUUCGAAGGUCAAACUCGAAGACGCGCGAGAUUUGACGAAAAAGCGGAAGUGCACCUUCGGCUUGCAUGGUCCGUGGGGCGAAGGCACGUCGGUGUUCAUCCGGACCACCUUCACCUUCCCCCGCGACUACCCUCAGGCCUCUUAUCCGAACGGCAUUCCAAGAGUCGACAUGGACAGGACUCCACUCAUUGAUAUGCCAACUCGCGCAUUCAUCCUACGACGACUACGCGUCAUUCGGGAGAAGGAAAGACCAUGCCUAGAGAAAUGCUUGCGCUUCCUGCUCUUUGGCGAUGACGAGAAACGUGACGGCCGUCGGAAUGGAAUAGACUCAGAGUCCUCAUCGGAUGAGGACAUGCCACCAUCGACUCGCCGUAACCGGGGCACUAGCUUCUCGUUGUUGAGGACCGACAAGAAUCUCGCAGAGCCUCGGACAUCUCAAGGUGUAUUCGGGCCCAAUGGUCAACUGGUAUGCUUCUUCCCUGCACCACCACGGAUUGUCAAGAAUGCUAUGCGUGAAAUCUCGGUAUCGCCGUCGUUAGCGUCUCGUGGCCCGGACACGGCUCCUCGACUCUUCCAGUCGCCAGCCUUACUGUCUGACGCUGUUCGUCGGCUUACGGACGCCGCUCAGGACCGCGCCUCGACAACCAAGGCAAACAAUCAAGCUGACGAUGCGGGGAAUAUCCUGCGGAUCAUGACGAACCUGUUCACUUACUCGCAGCUCAAAUCCCGGCGCGUCUCAGAACAUUCUAGGCCUGUGGAGGACAUACCUGCCAGUUAUUCGCUGCUGCCGCAGAGGCGCAGUUCUGUUCUCAUCAAGGAUACAGCUGGUUUAGUCGGCAUUGAUGCCGUGAUGGCCUCAGAGUAUACGUUUGCCGUGGACAACCCUGCAGAUUGCUGCAAAGAGAAUGCUGACAUUGCGAAGGCAAGAGGCCGGAUCGACCAUGAACGGAUAAUGCGGAUACUGGAGGCUGUCUUCACGCAGGGGAUGAAAUCGGGUCACGCUGGGCAUGUGUCGCAUUCAACCAUCACGCGUGACCAUCGAGUGCUAGCCGUUCGGGUUCUAACGAAGCUGUAUCAAGAGCUGUCCCAGAACAAGGACAUACAGAUGCUAGCCAUGUUGUCUGCCCUCCUCCUGCGCACGACAGCUUCGCCUGCUUUCCAACCACAUAAAACGCCCGACAUCGACACCCCGGAGUAUCGUAGGGCACUCCAGCACAGGAUCUCAUUGUCUCCUAUGUGGUCACGCACAUCGCUCUCCCCGACGCCCGUCGCACCUCCUCUGUCCUCUCCCACUUCGUCACGGGGUUCUUGGUCGAGUCUGUUCAACACUAAUAGUAUGAGGCAACUCAUGACAGGCCCGAAGACCCGAAUGCCCAUCCCACUUCCUGAUGGUGGUCAUGUCACACGUGGAUAUCCAUCACCAAACCCAGGACAGCAUAGAGACUCGUCUGUACAACGUACGCCUCCGAUAACUAAGUCGUGGUCGGAAGCGCCAAAAAUAUCCUCGUUGACGUCCACGGUCACCUUCUCCUCUGCGGGGCACACACGGCGACCAACCUUCUCGCAAGUCUUGUCGGCUCCUAGAUUAGAUCCUGAACAAAAACGGCUUAAUGUUCACAUUGCGUUCGAGCCUCCAGAUCCUCUAUCUUUAUUGCAGAAGAGCCUCCGGACACAGCUUCUAUGUCAUGUAUUGGCAUAUGCAGAGAUGCUCCUAGCAUGGGGUCUACCUAACAAGCGGACAGAACUGCUCAAGUCCGUAGAGAGGGAGCUGCUCUCUACCGUGAUGGACUCGGCAGUGUUUGACACUGCCGUUGCAGGAGAUCGUCUAGGUUGCGCCCGAAUCUGCGAGCACGGGGUGCUUCAGAGCGACCACGACUCCAACACGGAAUGCGCGAUCUGUGGAGGAAACUCGCGACCGCCCACCUGUUCAGUCUGCCGUCUUCCGGCGAAGGGGAUUUCGCAUAACUGCCUCAUCUGUGGGCAUGUAACACAUGUAUCUUGCUUGGGGGGGAGAGCGAUGCAUCAAGUGGAGUGCGCUACCGGCUGCGGGUGCUACUGUACUUUCGCGGCGUCCGAGCCCUCUGCAUCCAUCAAUGCUGGACAUCUUCCACCGCCUGCGGGAGUGCUUAGGCUAUGAUCAUUCUGAAUCCUUGGAGGGCGUUUGCUCAUCUUAUUCUCAUUCAUGGACCCUGGACGACGUAGGCAACAGCUUCGCUGGGAGCUCGACGCAGUUGUACUUGACAAUACGGAUAGCGUAAUGAAGAUAGAGAUAGAUUUACAUGAGACACGACCUCCACUAAUUUGGCUCCUCUGAUGGGGCGUCCUGGUACCAGUAUUCCAUCCCUGUAUGUGACUCGUAAUGUUUCAACACUUUGACCACUUCGGAGGCG